AUGGUUUGGACCAAGAUGGGACAUCGAGAUGCAGAGGUCACUUGUAAAGCGUCUGGAGGCACAUUGGUCACUAUUAAAAACGCUAUUGACAACCAAGCAGUGUACAACUUUGCGAAUCAAGGAGGCGUCGAGGCCAUUUGGAUUGGAAUCUCCUGUUUCGGCAACACUUCAUCUUCCUGCUUCUGGGAUGACGCUUCUGGAUCCGCAGUGUCUUAUAACAACUUUCCAGCUGGCUCAAUAUAUGCUCCUUGCACUUCCAUGCAAACCGGCGAUUUUCAGUCACUCCAGGGAAAAUGGAUUACCCGAGAUUGUUAUGACUAUCCUGGAAUGUCUAUGUUCUCCCCAAUGCCAUUCGUCUGUGAAGUUCCGUCUACUGUGAAGCCUUGGUGGAUGGCUGGUUGCGUGAACAAUUACAACCGUUAUUGCUAUGUGAAAUCAAUGAACUUGGGAAUGGGAACCGAAAACCGUGCUGAUACUGGGACAAAUGCUGACCGGAUCUGUAAAUCUUUCGGAAGAAAUCUACCUUCGAUUCAUUCAAAAAUGGAAGUGGACUAUAUUCGAAAUUUGUACAACGGAACGAACACCACACAUGUCUAUAUUGGAGGGCAAGCAGGAACAGGGGACAGAUUUAACUGGCUGGAUGGAACAGCUUGGGAUUUCAACUACAUGGAUCCUUUAAACAUCCAAAAAGGAAAUUGUCUGGUUAUGGAUGUUCAAGGUGAUGGGCUUUGGUCCCAAGAGGAUUGCAGUCAGAAAUUCGAGUACCUUUGUAAAAGCUUGAUUAUUACUGAUCCAACCCCCGCGCCUUUGACUACCAAGACGCCUGGAAAUCCAGAAAUCGAAUCUGCCAAAGAAUCGAAACUUCCAGAAAACCUUCUAGACGCUUCCAACUGCAAUUCAACCCUCCUUCUAGCUCCUGGCUCCAUCUUCUCAUUUGGCUAUCCCAAUGCUCCAUCUUCUUACUGUACCUGGCAGAUUCGAGCCCUUGGACCUUAUCGGCUAGGCAUCUAUUUUAACUUCUGGGCCACUUACGGAGCAUUGAACAUCUCGGAUCAGUAUGGAAAUAAUAUUGGGAGCUUCAGUGGAACUUAUAACAGAACCCCAUUCCCAAGAUACACUCCGUUUAACAUUGCUACAGUAACCUUUGAGCCAAGACCAAAAACCGGGUCGGAAGAGGAUAAAGGGUUUCAUGCAGAGGUUUUGAUGAUUUGA